ACAGAGAGAGAGAUUUUUCACGGUUUUAGCCAUGUCCAAGGCGGAUAUGAACGCCUACUGGAAAAAAAUUCUCGGUGGAAAGAAAGAACCCGCCCCUGAAGCCAUUAAAAAGAGUGUAGUACAACAAGACGAUAUCGAAGAAAUAAUUGAGAUCCAGGAGAGCUUAGAGCAACUAAGCUGGAACAUGGCUGAGAUGAUGAAGAGCAUGGCAAAACAGCAGAAAGAGAUAGCAAAACAGUCCCAACAGCAUGGUUGUAACAGAUGUGCUAGUAAUGCUCAUUGUCAUUGUAACGGUUCGGACAAUGUCCUGCUUGUUCAGCCGGCUCAGAAAAACGUUCGAAUUGCAUCACCGGUAGAAACGGUUCAUGUUGCCUCUCCAGUGCAGCAUGUUAGGACAGCAUCUCCAGUGCAGCAUGUUCGAGUUGCUUCUCCAGUGCAGCAUGUGCGAGUUGCUUCUCCAGUGCAGCAUGUGCGAGUUGCUUCUCCAGUGCAGCAUGUGCGAGUUGCUUCACCUGUCCAGUUAGUAGCUCCUUGUUCACACCACUGCAGUACUGGCUGCACUCAGAACACUGAUACAGCGCCAGCUUCUAAACCUACAACUUGUGGACAAUCUAAGUGCCCUUUACACAGUUGUAACUGUAUGAUGCCAAAAGAGAAGGAACCAGAGCCUGUAUGGGUAGGUCCACAGAAUCAUGGUUGUCAGCAACAAGCUCCUUGUCAACAACACACACCCUGCUGCAGACCCAAAUCACCUCUCUACGUCCUGCAGGACAGCCCAGGGUUAAUAUCAGAGGAUCUACCAGACGAUGAGAUUUCUGCCCUCAAGGAACGUGUCAAAAAACUUGAAGAUCCUGACAACGAGCCACUAGGAAAGCUGAUGGACGGCAUUGAAGAUAUUAAAAACCAACUGUUGGCCACUGCAGAGGCGCUCAACGACCGGAUGAAUCAAAUAAAUGAGAAAUGUGACAAGGGAGACAUCAACUCAAACAACAUCAUCAAUCGAGUACAAAACAACGAAAACAACAUCAAUGGUCUCUGCAACGACAUUAAAAAUCUCAAAGAUCUUAUAUCCAAUGGUGGAAAGAUUGAUUCAGACUUCUUUCAGAGGUUGAAGGAUAUAAGCGAAGUCCAUGAGUUCAUAAAGCAGGAGCUGCAGAACAUCACAAUGAAAAUGGCAACCAUGAAUAACCUCGAUAACAUCGUAGACGUGCAACGUGAGAGGCUGAGUGAAGCAGAAGAUACUCUUCGUCAGCACUGUGAUGAGGAGACCACUGCUAGAAAUCAGUUCCUUCAAAAGCUGCAGGAUAUUGAGAACGCACUGAAGAAGUUAGAGCAAAAUAAAUCCGACUCUGACAGACGAACGGAUAAGCUAACAGAUAGACUCGAUAGUCUGGCGAGGUCUAUUCAGGAACAAAACUCAAAAGUUGACAGGAUGAACUCUGAUAUUUCAACUGCUAUAAAAGACUUUGACAAGCAAAUAAACAAACUAGAACCACAAUUGGACAGACAACGAGACUUGAUAGAUGGUUUGAAAAAUGAACGAGACAACAACAAAAGUGAUCUACAAAGAUUGAGAGACAAGUUAGAAGGAUUGGAGAAAGUUUUACGACAAUUGAGCGAACUACCUAGUUCAAGUAAGCGGAGAGUUAGUACUAACAACAUUGAGGAGAUAACAGUAACAGAGGUGGCCACAACUGAAUCAGCAAGAGGAGGAGGCGGAGGAACUGGAGGAGGCGGAGGAGCUUCCAGUUCAUCUGCCCAACAACAAAGCAGCUCCUCUAGCGGCAACUUAAAGGGAUUCCUCCAGAACGUCAACAGUGGCAAAGAAAAUGAUGCUCUGAAAUCAGGCGCUAUCACCCCUAAAAGUAGACGAAGCUCGGUUCUUGUGAUGACCACGUAGAAAUGUUACUAACUGAUUAUUUAGUUAAUUGUUACUAACAGCUGCAACGAAUCUAGAAACUUCUCUGACAUCCUUAAAAUAAUCUCUACCGAAAUCUUUCAUUGGCCAUGAUUUAUAGUCGGAACCUAGAUGCUGUUGACAUGUUAAAGUAUCAAGAACACCAUAUUGACUUUGAGUAAUGAGUUACGGACUCUCCUCACGUUUUGAAAAACUUGGUUAAAAUUCGGAUUUUUAAAACUUGUAUCUUUUACUUACUUAAUUAUGCUAUUAAAUUUUGACUUAUGGAGCAGAUCUGAUAAUUAGGUAUACUUAUAUUUGAUAGAUUUUAAGUC